AUGGCUGCUGCCUUGAAUACGAGCAUUCCUUUCAUUCUACGUUUGGUGCAUCGCUCAAUUGCUGCUGCUCACCAAGCAGGACUUGAAAUUCGGAAGCUUCUCGAGUCGGGAGACGUUGAAGCGCUUUCAAAGCCAGGUCACGAUGGGGAGUUGGACGUGUACACGGCAGCGGAUUUGUCAUCGCAGGGCAUCAUUGAGAGCUCGAUUAGUGAUAUUUUUCCUGUAAUUAAGAUCAUCGGUGAAGAGGAUGAUCGAGUGCGUGAUUUGGUGCAACGGUGUGAAUUGAAACCCGUGUUGGAGACUGUCUUUGACCCUUUCGAAGGGAAAGAGUGUCCGGAUGCUUUGAAGAGUGUAAAUGUGGAAGAUGUCGUCGUUUGGUUGGGUUUGGUGGAACACGUCACUAUUCUAAUUGGCGUUGCACUGAUGGGGAAACCCGUGGCUGGGAUCGUUCAUCAACCCUUUUGGAAAAGUUUAGGAAACGACAAAGAGCUCGUGGGUCGAACAGUGUGGGGCAUUUGUGGAAUGGGCAUUGGGGAAACCGUGGGUACUCUUGGAACCCCAACUGUCUUGACUUGCCAUCCCUUCCAAGCCAUUGAAAGAGCCGCGAGUUCAAAAACGAUUGUGGUGACAUCUAGAUCUCAUCAAGCGCCUCACGUUGUCAAGGCUAGUGAAAGCAUUACACCAGAUGAGGUCAUUUAUGCUGGCGGCUGUGGGAAUAAGGUGCUCAUGCUUCUGGAAGGAAAAGCGAAUUACUACGUGUAUCCCAGCUCUGGAUGCAAAAAGUGGGACACUUGUGGACCGGAAGUCCUUUUGAAUGAAGCUGGAGGGUUGUUGACUGACGUGUUUGGCAGUCGAUAUGAUUAUUCACCGGAUGUGGAACACUUGAAUCGCUUGGGUGUGAUUGCCAGUGUGUGUCCUGAUGCACAGAAAAGGAUAUUGUGUAAAAUUCCGGAAGAUGUGAAAAUCAAGUUGAAAGGGUGAGAAUUUGAGCUGCUGGUUGUUUAAAGGAGAAUUGUCGUCAGCUGUUGAAAAGUGCUAUUUUUUUUCCGUGAAAACAUGAUUUUGUUAAUAAAGCAGAAUCAAGCUUCUGCAGUGUUUCUUCCCAGA